AUGACCGUUUACUCCUUCUACAUCUUCGAUCGACAUGCCGAGUGCAUCUAUAAACGGCGAUGGCUCCCUCGACCUGCCUCAAUCGUUGGCAAAUCUUCGCGGCCUACCUCCGAUACUCUCACAGCAGCCAACGGAAUCGCCCCCGUUCCAAAUCAAUCUGCACGGUCAACAGACGAUGAUGCGAAGCUGAUCUUCGGUACUGUAUUUGCGCUUCGGAAUAUGGUGCGAAAGCUGGGAGGAGAGGACGACAACUUCGUGACAUACCGCACCAGCCAGUAUAAACUGCACUAUUACGAGACUCUAACGAACAUCAAAUUCGUGAUGAUCACAGACGUCAAAAGCCCAAGUAUGCGCGUUGCUUUGCAGCAGAUUUAUAUCAAUCUCUACGUGGAAUAUGUGGUCAAGAACCCUCUAUCGCCUACCGAGCAUCCUGGUGGUGUAGGUGUGAACAAUGAACUCUUCGAACAGUCGCUGGAACAAUUUGUUACACGGGUGCUCGCUUAA